AUGACAGAGAAAGGUAGAGAAUAUGUCUGUUCGUUGAAAAGAAAAGCAGCCCUCGAUAUCAAGGAAGAGUUUUUGAAAGAACUGUUUAAUUUUGAGAAAAAGAUUGCAGAUUUCAAUGGUGUUGUUGAACUUAAUAAACAAAUAACAUUGUUGUUAUCAGGGAAAAUGAAUUUUGUUAGCAAGGCCCUUGAUGAAUGGUUGAAAUUAUCCUUAGAUGAGAAUGAAAUUUGCGAAGUCAUAGAAAUGCGUACAUUUCUGUCGGAUAAGUUGUUGAGCACUCAGAGCUGGGCUCAAGAAUAUGCAGUGAAGUUUAGUCAGCAAAAGCAAGAAACAAUUUCUACAACAUCCCGACGAAGUAGUAGCAACAGCAGUCAUAUAGACACCUUA